GCCAAAUACUCACUUCGCACUGCUCUAUCAUCGCUUUUAUAUCAUCAUCAUGGACGAGAAGCUCAUCCUCAAACCAAAAGCUCACCCAGGAGAUGAACGCGUCCACGAGACGACGUUCAAGAUACUCCUCGAUGACUAUCUUCAGCUUGGCAGUUCUAUCUCUGCGGCUGCAGCGGCAAAAUCCAUCGAUGAAUUAGCUCCAAAAGAUGAUGGCAAAGCGGAAGGCUUUCUCUGGCAACUCUGGGCCGAGUUCACGGCGGUCGCAGAGCAGCUACCCUACGAUCAUCUAGCCCAGGAUAAGCUCGUCAAGCUCGUAAGGGAGCUCACGUUGCUUCCAGACACGGCGGUGCAAGUCUGGAACAUGAGACUAUGGAAGGAUCUGCCUGUCUUUGGCGCAGUUGUGCGAGAGCAUCUAAACGGACCCCAGAAGUCCUCCAAUGAAGCAGAGCAGACCGAGAUCUGGAAUUCAUGGAUCAACUGGAACGCAUUUGCCGCAGGGCGGCUGUAUACGGCGGGCUUGACUGAUCUCAGCCAUCCUCUCUGGAUGAUUCGCGAUGCCUUGGAGGAAGAAAUUACGGACCAGAAGGGGCUGAACAAAGCUAAGAUCAUGACCGCAGCCCAGAUCAUCGAGCACGCUGGUCCAGUGAUGUCCCGGCAGCUCGGCGCAGUUCAGGAGCUGAGCGAAGUCGAAGAAAGGAUGUGGCGUGGCGGAACUCUUUUCCAGGGCAAGUCGGGACUCCAUCCCGACAGGUGGAUGUUCUGGAUCGAGCGGUUCCGAAAUCUAGCGGAGGGAGAAUCAACGGAAGAGGUCAAGCGUGCUGCUGAGCGUGCUGCGACUUUGAUGGAGAUGUGGGAUCAGAAGCGGAAGACUGCUUAGGAACAGAACUGGUUGAGCAAAUGAAUUAACGGAUGGCAAUGGAUCUAGCUGCGUCAUGCUCUAAAUGACACUAUGCUGUUUAACUGCUGCACUCCACUCAAUCUCCCCUGAAGCCCCUAAGUUCGUUGUAGAUGACUAUAUACUUCUUAGUUUAUAGGAAUUAUCUUGUCAGCUGCUGCCAGCUGAUGUCUAUAGUCUCUCGCCGCCGCUGCAAACUUGCAAACUAGCCUGGUUUUGAGCACAAUCUCAG